AUGGAAAAUCCUCACGAGCACCAGCAAAACUUGCUUCUCUCACGAAUCAUCACCAACGUAGAGAAACUCAAUGAAGCCAUCAUGCUUUUGAACAAGAAUCUCCAGGAGAUCAAUAACGCAAACACCAAUGUUGUUUUGGUUGCAGACAUGUUCAAGAACUAUCAAUCCAAUGUUCUCUUUCAUUUAGAAGCUACCGACAGUCUCAAAGAGCCAUCAUGA